AUGGUGGAAAAAGGAACACCGCUCAAUGCUGACAAUUUAGCAGAUUUAUUCCAAAAAAUUAAUGAAGAAUUCGUUUCUUUUCAAUUAUACCAAGAAGUCAAAAAUAACUAUAUUGUUAAUUUAUUACAAUUUUUAAAAGCCGGGGGGCACAAAGACCCCUUGGCUAUUUUGCGGGAUAUUGGCAUUGAUUUAAAUAAAACUGAUGUUUACCAACCACUAUUGGAUAAUUUGCAAGGAAUGAUUGAAGAAUUAAAAAAAUUGACGGGAAAAUAA